GAUUUUCCUACAGAUAGGAUUUCAUAUCUUGGACAAAUUGCAGACCAUACUCAUAUUUUGGGUUGCUAGACAACAAAGAUGAAGUAUCUUGGAGUAUGAUUAUCGGGCAUUUGUUACGCAGAACUAGAGUUAUAGCACAGGUCAUUAGUAAGGGAAUAACUUCCAAAAAAGUAGAAGGCAUAAGAAUAUCCAAAUAUCAAAGACUGUUCUACUCCAGAGAAAUGGCAAGUCCAUGUACCACAGACAUUGUGAAAUCUCUGAAUGACAAGAGGGAGUACAGAUUAUUAUUCCUGGAGAAUGGUUUACGAGCAUUAUUGAUUUCUGACCUUGAUGGUGAGGACCAGUCUAGUGUUGACGAUGGGAACCAAUCAGAAUCAGACGAUGAGUCAGCAGGGUCAGAUAAUUCUGGUAAAGGGUCAGAUAAUUCUGAAGAUGAGGGAAGUGAUAUGGAAGUGGAUGACAUGUCUGAUUCAGAAAAUGAUCUUGGCCAAGAAAAAAAGUCGGCAGCUGCUCUGUGCAUUGGUGUGGGGAGUUUCUCUGACCCAGACAAUAUCCCUGGAUUUGCUCACUUUCUUGAGCACAUGGUAUUUAUGGGAAGUGAAAAGUACCCAGAGGAGAAUGCCCUUGAUGAUUAUCUCUCAAAACAUGGUGGUUAUACAAAUGCUUGGACUGAUCAUGAAAGGACAUGCUUCUAUUUUGAAGUAGAGCAGGAUGCCUUUCGUAAAUCUUUGGACAAGUUUGCUCACUUCUUUGUUGGACCAUUAUUGCUGCAAGAUAGUGUUGAUAGAGAGAUAGAAGCUGUCGACAGUGAAUUUCAAGAAACAGUUUCUAGUGAUAGUGACAGACUUCACCACAUCUUGAUAGCUACAGCUAAACAUGGAAACCCUAUGUCCAAGUUUCUGCUAGGAAAUUUGAAAAGUUUGAAGACUACGCCAGCAGAGAAAGGCAUUGAUGUAUACGGGCAGCUUAGAGACUUCUUCAACAGAUAUUACACAGCACAGUAUAUGACUCUAGCUGUACAUUCAAAACGUAGACAGUCGGGGAUACCCCUUGAAGCCUGGCGGAGAAGAGUUUUAGGGGGUUUAACAAAAAAAGGAUACUAUAUUUCUUUUUUUUCCAGUAAGGAGGCCCCAGUUUCUUUUACCAAGUUCAAGGACCCAUUUGAUACUGAUGGUUUUAGAAAAUUAUUUAAAGUUGUGCCAAUAGAAAAGACGCAUAAAUUGUAUAUCACUUGGCCAUUGCCGCCCCAGCAGCGACACUACAGGACAAAGCCUAUAGAGUAUAUUUCAAAUCUGCUGAACUAUGAAGGCGAAGGAAGUAUUUACUCUUAUCUUCAAAAAAGAAUGUGGGCAGUGGAGCUACUGGGAGGAAAUACUGGAGAAGGAUAUGAUAUGAACCAGAUUUGGACAGGACUUGACAUCUGUAUCACCUUAACUGAUGAGGGUCUUAAACAUUGGAGUGAGGUUGUUAAAGUUAUAUUUCAAUACCUCGACCUGAUGCAACGAGAAGGACCGCAGGAGAGUUUCUAUAAUGAACUUAAAGUUAUUGAAGAAACAAAGUUUAGGUGGAAAGAGAAGGGAGAUCCAGCUGAAUAUGUAGAAAAGGUUUCUGACAAUAUGCAGUUGUACCCUCCAGAAGAUUAUCUUACAGGACACAAAUUCUUGUACAAGUUUGAUGAAAAGGUUAUAAACAAUUGUAUGGAACAUCUAAGGGCAGACAACUGUAAUGUAAUGUUAACCUCUACAAACUUCACAGAGAGUGAUUGCCCCUUGAAAGAACAUUGGUUUGGCACUCAUUAUUCUGUUGAAGACAUUACUAAAGAACAACUACAAUCUUGGACUGAUUUUGAGCAGAAUGCUGAGCUGUUUUUGCCAAAGGAGAAUCAUUUUAUUGCAACAGAUUUUACAUUGAAAGACCUCCCAGCAGAAGAUUUAAAGCCAGUGCCUAUGAUGGUGUCAUCAUCUAGUCAACAUAAAUUGUUCUUUAAGAAAGACACAAAGUUUAAUGUACCAAAAGAAAUGAGUGAAAUGUGCCCAAGUUCUUUAGCUUGUAUAAAGUGGUUUCGAUUUAGUAUCAUUCUCAUAUCUCAAAACAGUAUGUCAGAGAAAACAACUAUGAAUAAACAAAGUGAAGGACCCGGAAACGGGGGGAUAGCUUUGUCGGCUACAGGAAAACAAGGCACUAAAAGAAAAUUAGAUCAAAAACCAUUAGAGAUCAAGUACAACGCUAUUAUUGAGUUUGAAAAGGGUCAGAAAUCAAAAACUGAAAUCGCUAAAAUGUUCGAUGGAUGCUACGAAGAAUUAGAGACCGCGCUGUUACAAUGGUUCAAACAAGCUCGUGACCAAGACAUCGCCAUUAGUGGCCCGAUUCUUUUAGAGAAAUCUAAAUUUUUCGCAGAUCAGUUGGGAAUUGAAGAAUUUAAACAGUCAACUGGAUGGUUAGAUCGUUUCAAAGAAAGACACGGAAUAACAUUUAAAACAAUAUGUGGUGAAGCUAAAUCGGUAGAUCGUAACUCGACAGAUAUGGACGCCUGGUUAGGACAUCUAGAAACAAUUCUGAGGAAUUAUUCUCCUAUGAACAUUUACAACGCCGACGAAACCGCGCUAUUCUAUAAACUUACACCAGAAAAAACACUUGAAUUCAAAAAUGUCAGUUGUCAGGGUGGAAAGAGAAGUAAAGAACGUUUAACUGUACUUGUGUGCUCCAAUAUGUCUGGUGAUGAUAAGGUUCCGUUGUUAGUGAUAGGAAAGUCAGCGAAUCCCAGGUGUUUCAAGAAUGUUAAGACAUUACCCGUAGAAUAUAAAAAUAACACAAAAGCAUGGAUGACAGGGGAACUAUUCACAUCCUGGUUAAUGAAACUGGAUAAACAAUUUCAUCGUCAGAACAGAAAAGUGGCUAUGGUGAUUGAUAAUUGUCCGGCGCAUCCGAAAAUAAAAGGACUUAAAUCUAUUGAACUUGUGUUUUUACCACCAAAUACCACCAGUCAUACACAACCUAUGGAUCAAGGAAUAAUCAAAAACUUAAAAGUACAUUACCGUCGUCAAGUGAUCAAAAAACAACUGGAAGCUAUAGAUAAUCGUGUAGAUUUAGUGUUGAAUGUGUUGGACGCGUUGCGUCUUUUAAGACAGUCAUGGUCAAUGGUUACUGCCCAAACAAUCAGUAACUGCUACAGACACGCAGGCUUCAAAUUUCAAGACCAACAGCCCGUUGAAGAUAAAUCGGACGACGAGGACGACAACAUUCCUAUCGCCAGACUUGUCGAAUUAUUCAAGAUGGAAAAAAAUGACGUUAACUCAUUCAUGAACAUUGAUUUAGAUAUCCCUGUGUGUGCGGAAACAUGUGAUAGAGACAUUAUUGAGGACUUAGUUUCGGCACGGAACUCAACCGAAAGUGACCCAACCGAAACGGAAGAAGAUGAUGAACCAAUACCGCCAGCGCCACCAUCGAUUGGGGAAGCUAUGAAAGCUUGUGAAACAUUAAGAACUUUUUUUGAGAGCCAGAGCAACGCUGACUCUGAAUUGACAAUGAUGAAUGUUUUAUUAAUAUCUAUUUUUUCAUUAUAUCCUACAGGAUACUUAUAUAUGCAUUUGAAAAGCCCUGUUGUUUGUGAUUAUCUGAAGAGCUCGGCUUUGUUUGAUUUAUUUAUUGCAAUACUGAAUCAGAAUAUUUCUGAGCCGACGUACCCUGCUGUGGUAGCAGGUUACAAGAUUGGAUGUAUGUGUGAUCCAGUUCAGACAGGUAUGGUGGUAGAAGUGGAUGGCUUUAAUCAUAAGAUACAGGAAGUACUUCUGCUGACCUUUGACCUGAUUAAAAAUUUCUCCUGUGCUGAUGACCUGUUUCAUGCAAUGAAAGCUGAAGUAAAGAAAACCUACCAUAAUGAGAUUAUGAAACCCUCGUCUGCUGCAAGAGUUCUACGUUGGAUGGUGACAGAGAAGCGUUACUGGUCGCAUGCUGAUAAAUACCGGAUAGUAGAUGAGCUUACCAAACCAGAACUCAUGGAUCUGGUGAACCGGUUCCUAAAACAAAUUUUCUUAGAAUCCCUAGUCAUCGGAAACUUUACACAACAGGAGGCUGUAAGCAUAAAUGAUGAAGUCCUGUCAAAAUUGAAAAGUCAGAAAGCUGUGGACCAGAAGGUGCUAGAGAACAAUCUGAUUGCUAUUCCACAAGAGAAGCUUUAUUGUCAGAUCAAGAGUUUCAACCCAGAAGAUACGAUGUCCUGUGUUCAUAAUUAUUACCAGAGUCAGCCUGGUACCCUGCUGAAGUGUUGUCUCAAUGAACUGCUUUGUACACGUAUGACAGAGCCAUGUUUUAACACAUUACGUACCAAACAACAGCUGGGCUACAGUGUGAGUUGUAUUAACCAUAUGACGUGUGGUGUCAUUGCCCUGGGGAUUUGUGUGGAAUGUAAAGCUCAGAAAUUCAGUAUGCAAUAUGUGGAUGAACAGAUAGAGAAAUUCCUUCUGGAGAUGAAAGAUAUCCUGCAAAGUAUGACCCAGGAAGAAUUUGAAACCUUGAUAGAAUCUGAGAUCACAUUGAAGAGGACAGAGGACACUCAGCUAGAAGAGGAGACCUCUAGACAUUGGAGAGAGAUUGUCGAUCAAACCUACGUCUUUGAUCGGCUAGAAAAAGAGAUAGCUGUUUUAAAGAAGCUUUCAUUGAAAGAUUUACAAGACUGGUUUGCAGAUGAGUAUUUGGGAGAUAAACAGAGAAAGAUUAGUUUUCAGGUGAUUGGUUGCCAAGAGAAUGUUGUUGCCAUGAAGCAUCUCAGUGACACAGAUCCUGAAAUCAAGUGUUUGAGAGACCCUGAUCAAAGUCUGUCUACUCCAAUAGAUGAUAUAAACUCUUUUAAACAAUCCUGCAAACAACUUCCACACACCAAAGUAAUUUCUUGAUAAUUGAACUGUUGUUAGGUUUUUCUUUUAUCAAGGAA